UUCAAACAUAAUAUCUCAGGACAACCUGGACCCAAAGGACCACCUGGAGGCGAUGGACAACCUGGAAACCCUGGAAAUCCAGGACGACCGGGAGAGAGAGGUGGACCAGCUACUCCAGGAGAGCGUGGUAUUUGCCCCAAAUAUUGCGCCCUCGACGGUGGUGUCUUCUUCGAGGACGGAACUCGUUUCACACUUUGGACUGCUAAAGUCAAAAAACUAUUUACUCCUGCAUUCGAAACAGGAGUUUAGUAGAAGUCUGAAGAGUUAUGCGAUCAAAUGACU